UUUCUCCUACCAUACCGGCAUCCUCAAGCGUCCUUCGUUGUCUUUUAAUGUACGUAAUACGUAAUUACAAAAGAAAGAUAAGUUUGUGUAUAUAUAUUUUUUGUUUGUAAAAACGGCGAACAUAUUUCUAUUUAUAAUUAAUGGAAUUAAUUGAUAUUUUCGUAGAAAUACAAUCGAUGUAAAUAAACAUCUUUAUUAUAUCUGCCGAUUAUUCAACUAACAGAUUUGACAAAAUGGUUUGUGAAAAGUGUGAAAAGAAAUUGGGAAAAGUUAUUACACCAGAUCCAUGGAAAUCUGGUGCUAGAAAUACAGUGGAAAGUGGUGGUCGAAAAGUUGGAGAAAAUAAAGCCCUUUCAGCGAGCAAGGCACGAUUCAAUCCGUAUACUGCAAAAUUUGAGACUUGCAGAAUAUGCAGACAAAAGGUUCAUCAAGUAGGUUCGCAUUAUUGUCAGUCAUGCGCUUAUAAAAAAUCUAUAUGCGCGAUGUGUGGUAAAAAGCUUAUGAGUACAAAAAAUUAUAAGCAAUCUGCUACGUAAAGUUAACAAGCUUUAUAAAGAAAUAUCUUAUGAAAUAAGUGAUCAUAUUUUUAUAUGUAUAAAAUGAUACAUAUGGAAAACAGAAGAAAAUACGAAAAGUAUUUUCGAAACUAUCCUUAAUGUCUUCUAAUUACAAAUAAUAUGUGACUUAUGUAUUUGUAU